AUGUCCUUGUGUAAAAGCUUCGGUAAGGAUAAGGUGAUCUUCGCCACCGCCGAGGACCAUGCGAUACCGAGCACGGUGGAACUGCCGGAACCGGAAUCCAGCCCCGGGCUGAUACUGGAGAACGGUGACAUCAAUUGGAACUGCCCAUGCUUGGGCGGGAUGGCAACCGGACCGUGCGGGGUUGAUUUUCGCGAGGCUUUUUCCUGUUUCCAUUACAGUGAAGCACAACCGAAGGGAUCGGACUGUUACGAUGCAUUCAAAACGAUGCAGGACUGUAUGGCCAACUAUCCAGGGGUUUACAAACAGAACCUGCAUGAUGACGAGGAUGCCGGUGGCAUGGAUAUGGGUGCCAUGCUGGACGACGAGGAAGAAGACCCCGAUAAGCAAUCGCUCAAGCCGGAAGAGCCGGUUCCGUCGUCGGCUAGCGGAAGUAGCGAAGUACACUCGUCGAGCCCGGCUGGAUCGUCCACGGUUGUUGCACAAAAAAGUUAAUUAAUUAGAGUUGGUCAAUAGGAAUAGUAGAGCUUUAAUAAAUGUGUUAGUAUGGGAAUUGGCUUCAAUUGCUUCAAUUCGAAAGUAACUUUUUUUUUAAAGUAAAUUAUCUUAAACAUUGAUGGGUGUUUUUUGAUAGUGUUUGAAACUAAACUGCGGUCAUACCUAGUUG